AUGUUUCAUUCAACCGACUUCCUCUGGGAACACGCACAUUUGUAUCACCACGAUCAAUUACCAAAAGAUCCGAGGGAUCUCGAUUAUUUCCGAGCACAUUUUGAGGCGAGAUCCCGGAAGGAAAGAAAUCCCUCCGAGCUUGAUCCUCCCCCCAAGGACAUUGACAAGAAGAGAAUCUUAUCGUUCACUCUUUCUAGAUCACCAUUACAACGAUCGAACCUAGUACCGAAUAGCCAGCGAGCCUCACAGCUGAACAGCGACUUGAAACCACCCGUUACGAAAGCUUCUCUGAGCGAAUUGGAUAUUGACAAGAUUGUUCACAAUCCUCGGCUGAGACACGAUAUUAACUUUGAUCCUGACCUCCAUUUCAGGCCGAAUCUUGAUGGCGAAAAGGAGCGAAGGAAGACCCAAAAAUCAACGUUGUUUUAUGAUGCCAUGCGGUUGGAAUUGGUCGAACACCUCACGAAGCGAGAGACAUUCGAAUCUCGACAAGAUAGCUUGACUCACAAACGUCUGUCACAAGCUCCCAGGAAACGACUGUGGACGCCUGAGGACCAACCUCCAUUGCCUCCUGGAUCGAGACUCGAUCCUCCUAAUAUUGCAUCUGUUCAGGCACAGCGCUCAAGAGCUCGAGCGUCUUUUCAGACCAUAUCAUCCAGCAAAAGGACCACCACUGCAAACACAUCACUACCCCUAUCGCCGUCAGCAGCUCCCAAAAGCAACCUCAUCCCGCAGCCAGAAACUCGGCCCAUAUCACAAGAGCAACUCGUGGCGGAAGUAAAAAGCAUUUAUGCUGGCCUUGUAAUGGUGGAAGCCAAGUGUAUUGAGGUUGAUAAGAAGCAAGCCACCCAAGCGCAAGCUAAUGAGACCCAGUCGACGCUUAACAAUGAGCAGUGGCAAGCACUGAUAGCUCUUCACAGGACACUUUUGCAUGAACAUCACGAUUUCUUUCUAGCUUCUCAGCACCCCUCGGCUAGCCCGGCCCUUCGACGACUGGCUUCGAAAUAUGCUAUGCCGGCUAGGAUGUGGCGCCAUGGCAUACAUUCAUUUUUGGAGCUCUUAAGACACCGACUUCCAGCUUCUCUGGACCAUAUGCUCGCAUUUAUUUACCUCGCCUAUUCAAUGAUGGCCCUUCUGUACGAGACGGUCCCCGCUUUUAAAGACACCUGGAUCGAAUGCCUCGGCGACCUUGGUCGGUAUAGAAUGGCGAUAGAAGACGAUGAUAUUGGGGAUGGAGAAGCUUGGAGCGGUGUUGCUAGGCUCUUAAGAAAUCGGCUUCCAGCUUCUCCGGAGCAUAUGCUUGCUUUUAUUUAUCUCGCUUAUUCAAUGAUGGCUCUUGUGUACGAGCCUGUACCCGCUUUUGAGAAUACCUGGAUCGAAUGCCUAGGCGACCUUGGUCGGUAUAGAAUGGCGAUAGAAGACGAUGAUAUUAGGGAUCGAGAACUUUGGAGCGGCCUUACUAGGCAUUGUUAUUCUACAGCCUCCGACAAGGUCCCAACCACUGGAAGACUAUACCAUUAUCUUGCUAUUCUUGCCCGGCCGAACGCAUUGCAGCAGCUGUUCUACUAUGCUAAGUCAUUAGGUGUCGAAAUACCAUUCAUUUCUGCUCGAGAGUCGAUCCUGACUCUCUUCAAGCCCGUCUUCGAGACGAACAGCGCCCAUGGCAAUAUGACGCCUUUUGAUACUGCGUUUGUCAAAGCAAAUUGGCAUUUCGUCAAAGCACAUGGGCAAUUGUUCGCCAGCCGAAACGUCGAAACGUCCAAGCCUCCCGUUGACGUGUUUAUGAAUUCAAUGGACAAUCAUAUCGACUGGUUCACUUGGAAACUCAUAGAACAAGAAGACUAUAUUGAUUUCGCAAAUUCUGUUGCGAUGCUUGGCUUUACACCGAAAGACAGCAUACCCAUGAACAUGAAAACAAUUACUUCUGACGAACCCUCCUCGGAAAGCAUUUGGAUGGCCGAUAAUUCAAUUCAGGGGAGCUUUAUGUCGUAUUUUUGGAGACAUUUGAAUAUUGGAACCCCCGAGAUCGCGUUACAACGCGGCGGAGACCCCAACGUUUUACCAUUCAUUCAUGUCACACUCAUCUUCAUGCUUUAUGCCUCCCAACAUCCUGAAGCCAUGCGUUUUCUUGAACGCAAGUCUCCAUGGGAACAACUGUCUAUCAUGCUCAAUACAUUACUAGCAUCUCGCCAGAGACCGGACAGAAAUGAUAGUCACACCUUUCCUUUGCCUCACGAAGAUGAUUGUCCUUUGCCUGAAGACUAUAUCUUACGGGGUUUAUUAUGGGCUGAUAAAUAUUUUCCCGGAACCUGGUUCACAAAUGAGAAGAUUGAAGAGGAAGAAAGGGACGAUGAAGUGGUAUCUACGAGCGCGGAUCGCAAAGAACGCAUCUUGUGGCUCGGACACCGAAUCAUCUCAGGAGCUAGCUGGACGGGCAAAGCUAUUCUGGCAGCGCUUCAGAACAAGAGCUUACGGUCUAUAGUGUUGCUAAGCCAAUUGCUCAAAUCAUUCCCAGUCACUUUAGCAUCGGCGAUCGUUGUGGUAAACACGACCGGCACUGAAACACCUCCCCAGGUUGAGAGUAAUGGGAAUGGGCCGAGUCAGUACUUUGGACACCUAUGGCUUCAGCUCCGGGACAAACACUCUGGCCCUAUCAUUGAAAAUACCACAGUGGCUGCUGUUUUGUCGAGUUCAUACUUUAUCAUUACAUACCUCGACGACGGGCCAAAGUCUAGCACUCCUAUCCUCCCUUUAUCACACCCAUCAGCUUCCAAGUCAUGGGUCCAAGCGGAUUUGCUUCCAAUAGCUACGGCCUUCAUAUCAGCCUCCACUUUGUACCUUGGAAAUGGAAAGCUGGAGUCUGACUGGCAACUCGCCAUGCUUGCGACCCACAAUCUUUGUCUUAGCAUCAGAUUUCUUCGGCAAAAGCUUUCAAAGUUCCCCAAAACCCAGAAACCGGUCGAGUUCAUCAUGGCGAGCACAUCGCUUUCAUUAACUGGAUUGCUCACCAAGUUCUUUCCCGUCAACGAAGGCCGCUACAAGAACCCGCUGAUCCAAGCCGGCUUGUUCCUGCCACUGACAAACCUAUUUAUCACUGUUUUCUGGAUAAGAUUCAUUCGAAAUUACGGUAUUGCCACGGCUCUGGAGCAGGGACAGGGGCAUUUGAUUGCUGCAACUCGUUCAUUUUGGCAAGAGCGAUCAUACUCCAUUAUCGCCGUUGCCCUAAUUCUGUUGCUGCUUGCCAAAGUCUAG